AUGGCCUCCGGACUCAUCUUAGACCCCCGUACACUCCUACGUACAGCCCCACUUAUCACCUCAACCUGCACGCUCUGGUACUCGCUCGACCAGGACUUUUUCCUGAACACCUUCCUCCACCCCGAACACCGCACCCGCAGCAAUGAAAUUCUGCCAUCUUAUUUCGGCGUCUUCUUCGGCCCAGGUGUCGUGCGCGUGCUGGGCCUUCUUGCGCUGACCCUGACGGGAGGCGGAUACAAUAUCUUGACACAGCGAAAGUCUGGUCUGGGUAGCUCGGCCUCACUGUCUUGGUAUACAGCUGGCACGCUGUUGGCAGCCAGUCACCUUCUCUUUGUGCCGGCUGUUGCGCCCAAGAUCCAGGCUGUAGUGGAGGACACGUCGCAGGGCUUAUCGACCAAGGACCUCGAGGGCUGGCUGACAAUUCAUCGUUUGCGCACGUGGACAGUUGAUCUGGCUUCGUGGGCCUGUUUUGCGGUUGCAAUCUCAAUUGUUGAAUGA